GCGGCGGGCGGCGGGGCCGGCGGGGCGCGCAGAGGAGCGGGCCGCGGCGCGAGGGCGGCCGGAGCGCGGCCCCGCCAUGGGCUUCCUGCACCAGCUGCAGCUGCUGCUCUGGAAGAACGUGACGCUGAAGCGCCGGAGCCCGUGGGUCUUGGCCUUUGAGAUCUUCAUUCCUCUGGUUCUCUUCUUCAUCCUACUGGGGCUUCGGCAGAAGAAACCGACGAUCUCUGUGAAAGAAGUCUCUUUCUACACAGCGGCGCCCCUCACCUCCGCGGGCCUCCUGCCUGUCAUGCAGUCUCUGUGCCCAGACGGCCAGCGAGACGAGUUCGGGUUCCUGCAGUACGCCAACUCCACGGUCACUCAGCUGCUGGAGAGCCUCAACCGUGUGGUGGAGGAGGGCAACCUGUUUGACCCGGCGCGGCCCAGCUUGGGCUCGGAGCUCGAGGCCCUGCGCCAGCACCUGGAGGCCCUCCGCUCUGGCCCGGACCCCUGGGAGAGCCACCUGGACAGACCUACAGUGUCGUCCUUCUCUCUGGGCUCGGUGGCCAGGGACCCACGGGAGCUCUGGCGUUUCCUGAUGCAGAAUCUGUCGCUCCCUAAUAGCACAGCCCAGGCACUCCUGGCUGCCCGGGUGGACCUGCCGGAGGUCUAUCACCUGCUUUUUGGCCCUUCCCCUGCCCUGGAUAUGGGGUCAGGACUCCCCAGGGUUCGGGAGCCCUGGAGCCGCCUGGGUAGCAAUCCCCUAUUCCGGAUGGAGGAGCUGCUGUUGGCCCCCGCCCUCCUGGAGCAACUGACGUGUGCACAGGGCUCCGGGGAGCUGGGCCGGGUCCUCACUGUGCCCCAGGGUCAGCAGACUGCGCUGCAGAGCUACCGGGACGCCGUCUGCAGUGGGCAGGCUGCUGCCCGUGCCCAGCGCUUUUCUAGGCUGGCUGCUGAGCUCCACAACCAGCUGGAUGUGGCCAAGAUUGCCCAGCAGCUGGGCCUGGAUGCCUCCAACGCCUCGGCUCCCCAGCAGCAGCCAGCACCCCCGCAGCGGCUGCAGGUGCUGCUGGAGGACCUGCUGGACGCCCAGAAAGUUCUGCAGGAUGUGGAUGUCCUCUCGGCCCUGGCCCUGCUGCUGCCCCAGGGCGCCUGCGCCGGACGUGCCCCGGGGCCCCCAGCCAGCAGCCCUGGAAGGACAGUGAACGGCACCGGGGCAGCAGGGGGCACGAGCUCCAACUCCUCUGCGGAGGAGGGCGCCCGGGCCGCGGCAGCCCCGGCCUCCUCAGAUGCGCUGCAGGGUCAGUGCUCCGCCUUCGUGCAGCUCUGGGCCGGCCUGCAGCCCAUCCUGUGUGGCAACAACCGCACCAUCGAGCCCGAGGCGCUGCGGCGGGGCAACAUGAGCUCCCUGGGCUUCACGAGCAAGGAGCAGCGGAACUUGGGGCUCCUCGUGCACCUUAUGACCAGCAAUCCCAAGAUCCUGUAUGCACCAGCGGGCUCCGAGGCGGACCGCGUCAUCCUCAAGGCCAACGAGACCUUUGCCUUUGUAGGCAACGUGACCCACUACGCCCAAGUGUGGCUCAACAUCUCCGCGGAGAUCCGCAGCUUCCUGGAGCAGGGCAGGCUGCAGAGGCACCUUCGCUGGCUGCAGGAGUAUGUGGCAGAGCUGCGGCUGCACCCCGAGGCCCUGAACCUGUCCCUGGAGGAGCUGCCGCCCGCCCUGCGUCAGGACAACUUCUCGCUGCCCAAUGGCUCGGCCCUCCUGCAGCAGCUGGACACCAUUGACAACGCGGCCUGUGGCUGGAUCCAGUUCAUGUCGAAGGUGAGUGUGGACAUCUUCAAGGGUUUUCCCGACGAAGAGAGCAUCGUCAACUAUACCCUCAACCAGGCCUACCAGGACAAUGUCACCGUGUUCGCCAGCGUGAUCUUCCAGACCCGCAAGGACGGCUCCCUGCCGCCCCACGUGCACUACAAGAUCCGCCAAAACUCCAGCUUCACCGAGAAAACCAAUGAGAUCCGCCGGGCCUACUGGCGGCCAGGGCCCAACACCGGCGGCCGCUUCUACUUCCUGUACGGCUUCGUCUGGAUCCAGGACAUGAUGGAGCGCGCCAUCAUCAACACCUUCGUGGGACACGACGUGGUGGAACCCGGCAACUAUGUGCAGAUGUUUCCCUACCCCUGCUACACACGAGACGACUUCCUGUUUGUCAUUGAGCAUAUGAUGCCACUCUGCAUGGUGAUUUCCUGGGUCUACUCGGUGGCCAUGACCAUCCAGCACAUUGUAGCAGAGAAGGAGCACCGGCUGAAGGAGGUGAUGAAGACCAUGGGACUGAACAACGCGGUGCACUGGGUGGCCUGGUUCAUCACCGGCUUCGUACAGCUGUCCAUCUCCGUGACGGCUCUCACGGCCAUCCUCAAGUACGGCCAAGUGCUCAUGCACAGCCACGUGUUCAUCAUCUGGCUCUUCCUGGCCGUCUAUGCCGUGGCCACCAUCAUGUUCUGCUUCCUGGUGUCCGUGCUGUACUCCAAGGCCAAGCUGGCCUCGGCCUGCGGUGGCAUCAUCUACUUCCUGAGCUACGUGCCCUACAUGUAUGUGGCAAUCCGUGAGGAGGUGGCCCAUGACAAGAUUACUGCCUUUGAGAAGUGCAUUGCGUCCCUGAUGUCCACAACAGCCUUCGGCCUGGGCUCCAAGUACUUUGCGCUGUACGAGGUGGCCGGCGUGGGCAUCCAGUGGCACACGUUCAGCCAGUCGCCCGUGGAAGGCGACGACUUCAACCUGCUCCUGGCUGUCACCAUGCUGAUGGUGGACGCCGCCGUCUAUGGCGUGCUCACGUGGUACAUUGAGGCUGUCCACCCAGGCAUGUACGGGCUGCCCCGGCCCUGGUACUUCCCACUGCAGAAGUCCUACUGGCUGGGCAGCGGGCGCGCGGAGGCCUGGGAGUGGAGCUGGCCGUGGGCGCACGCCCCCCGGCUCAGUGUCAUGGAGGAGGACCAGGCCUGUGCUAUGGAGACCCGGCGCUUGGAGGAGAUGCGGGGCAUGGAGGAGGAGCCCACCCACCUGCCGCUGGUGGUCUGCGUGGACAAGCUCACCAAGGUCUACAAGAACGACAAGAAGCUGGCUCUUAACAGGCUGAGCUUGAACCUCUACGAGAACCAGGUGGUGUCCUUCCUGGGCCACAACGGGGCCGGCAAGACAACUACCAUGUCCAUCCUUACUGGCUUGUUCCCACCGACCUCGGGGUCGGCCACCAUCUAUGGGCACGACAUCCGCACGGAGAUGGACGAGAUCCGCAAGAACCUGGGCAUGUGUCCGCAGCACAACGUGCUCUUUGACCGGCUCACGGUGGAGGAGCACCUCUGGUUCUACUCGAGGCUCAAGAGCAUGGCACAGGAGGAGAUCCGCAAGGAGAUGGACAAGAUGAUCGAGGACCUGGAGUUGUCCAAUAAGCGGCACUCGCUGGUGCAGACACUGUCGGGCGGCAUGAAGCGCAAACUCUCCGUGGCCAUUGCCUUCGUGGGUGGCUCGCGCGCCAUCAUCCUGGACGAGCCCACUGCAGGCGUGGACCCUUACGCACGCCGAGCCAUCUGGGACCUCAUCCUCAAGUACAAGCCGGGCCGCACCAUCCUGCUGUCCACCCACCAUAUGGAUGAGGCCGACCUGCUCGGGGACCGCAUCGCCAUCAUCUCCCACGGGAAGCUCAAGUGCUGUGGCUCCCCGCUCUUCCUCAAGGGUGCCUACGGGGACGGCUACCGCCUCACUCUGGUCAAGCGGCCUGCUGAGGCCGGGGACCCCCAAGAGCCAGGACUGCCAGCCAGCCCCCCCGGCCGCACCCAGCUGAGCAGCUGCUCGGAGCCCCAGGUCUCCCAGUUCAUCCGCAAGCACGUGGCCUCCUGUCUCCUGGUCUCCGACACGAGCACAGAGCUCUCCUACAUCCUGCCUAGCGAGGCCGCCAAGAAGGGGGCCUUCGAGCGUCUCUUCCAGCACCUGGAGCAGAGUCUGGAUGCGCUGCACCUGAGCAGCUUUGGGCUGAUGGACACCACGUUGGAGGAGGUGUUCCUCAAGGUGUCGGAGGAGGACCAGUCUCUGGAGAACAGCGAGGCCGACGUGAAGGAGUCCAGGAAAGACGCUCUCCCCGGGGCAGAGGGUCCGGCCUCGCUGGGGGAGGCGCGCGCUGGCGGCCUGGCCCGGUGCGCAGAGCUGGCGCAGUCCCAGGUUUCCCUGCAGUCCGCGUCCUCCGUGGGCUCUGCCCGCGGCGACGAGGGAGCCCCCUACGCGGACAUCUGUGGCGACUACCGCCCGCUCCUUGGCAACCCACAGGACCCCGACAACGUCAGCCUGCAAGGCGCCGAGGCGGAAGCCCUCGCGCGGGCGGGCCGGGGCAGCCGCAAGCUGGAGGGCUGGUGGCUGAAGGUGCGCCAGUUCCACGGGCUGCUGGUCAAGCGCUUCCACUGCGCCCGCCGCAACUCCAAGGCGCUGUCCUCCCAGAUCCUGCUCCCCGCCUUCUUCGUCUGCGUGGCCAUGACCGUGGCCCUCUCCGUCCCUGAGAUCGGUGACCUGCCCCCACUGGUCCUGUCACCCUCCCAGUACCACAACUAUACCCAGCCCCGCGGCAACUUCAUCCCCUACGCCAACGAGGAGCGCCCGGAGGACCGAUUGCGACUGUCGCCGGACGCCAGCCCCCAGCAGCUCGUGAGCACGUUCCGGCUGCCGUCGGGUGUGGGCGCCACCUGUGUGCUCAAGUCUCCCGCCAACGGCUCCCUGGGGCCCGUGCUGAACCUGAGCAGCGGCGAGUCCCGCCUGCUGGCCGCGGCGUUCUUUGACAGCAUGUGCCUGGAGUCCUUCUCACAGGGGCUGCCGCUGUCCAACUUCGUGCCUCCCCCGCCCUCCCCCGCUCCGUCUGACUCCCCUGUGUCCCCAGAGGAGGACCCGCUGCAGGCCUGGAAUGCUUCGCUGCCCCCCACCUCUGGGCCAGACAACUGGACGUCGGCGCCCUCCUUGCCACGCCUGGUGCGGGAGCCCAUCCGCUGCACCUGUUCUGCACAGGGCACUGGCUUCUCCUGCCCGGGUGGUGUGGGUGGACAUCCACCCCAGAUGCGGGUGGUCACCGGAGACAUCCUGACCGACGUCACCGGCCACAAUGUCUCCGAGUACCUGCUCUUCACCUCCGACCGCUUUCGGCUACACCGGUAUGGGGCCAUCACCUUUGGCAACGUCCAGAAGUCCAUCCCGGCGUCGUUCGGUGCCCGGGCCCCAGUCAUGGUGCGGAAGAUCGCCGUGCGCCGGGCAGCCCAGGUUUUCUACAACAACAAGGGCUACCACAGCAUGCCCACCUACCUCAACAGCCUCAACAAUGCUAUCCUGCGGGCCAACCUGCCCAAGAGCAAGGGGAACCCCGCGGCCUAUGGCAUCACUGUCACCAACCACCCCAUGAACAAGACGAGUGCCAGCCUCUCCCUGGAUUACCUGCUGCAGGGCACGGACGUGGUCAUUGCCAUCUUCAUCAUCGUGGCCAUGUCCUUCGUCCCAGCCAGCUUUGUGGUCUUCCUGGUGGCGGAGAAGUCCACCAAGGCAAAGCACCUGCAGUUUGUCAGCGGCUGUAACCCCGUCAUCUACUGGCUCGCCAACUACGUGUGGGACAUGCUUAACUACCUGGUCCCAGCCACCUGCUGCGUCAUCAUCCUGUUCGUGUUUGACUUGCCAGCGUACACGUCACCCACCAACUUCCCUGCCGUGCUCUCUCUCUUCCUGCUCUAUGGGUGGUCUAUCACCCCCAUCAUGUACCCGGCCUCCUUCUGGUUCGAGGUACCCAGCUCAGCCUACGUGUUUCUCAUUGUCAUCAAUCUCUUCAUUGGCAUCACGGCCACCGUGGCCACCUUCCUGCUGCAGCUCUUUGAGCAUGACAAGGACUUGAAGGUGGUCAACAGUUACCUGAAAAGCUGCUUCCUCAUCUUUCCCAACUACAACCUGGGCCACGGGCUCAUGGAGAUGGCCUACAACGAGUACAUCAACGAGUACUAUGCCAAGAUUGGCCAGUUUGACAAGAUGAAGUCCCCGUUCGAGUGGGACAUUGUCACCAGGGGGCUGGUGGCCAUGACAGUUGAAGGCUUUGUCGGCUUCUUCCUCACCAUCAUGUGCCAGUACAACUUCCUGCGGCAGCCACAGCGUAUGCCGGUGUCCACCAAACCUGUGGAGGACGAUGUGGACGUGGCCAGCGAGCGGCAGCGCGUGCUGCGGGGGGAUGCUGACAAUGACAUGGUCAAGAUCGAGAACCUGACCAAGGUGUACAAGUCGCGGAAGACCGGCCGCAUCCUGGCCGUGGAUCGCCUGUGCCUGGGCGUGCGUCCUGGCGAGUGCUUUGGCCUCCUAGGCGUGAACGGCGCCGGCAAGACCAGCACCUUCAAGAUGCUGACCGGUGACGAGAGCACAACGGGGGGCGAGGCCUUUGUCAACGGGCACAGCGUGCUCAAGGAGCUGCUCCAGGUGCAGCAGAGUCUGGGGUACUGCCCGCAGUUCGACGCCCUGUUCGACGAGCUCACCGCCCGGGAACACCUGCAGCUGUACACGCGGCUCCGCGGCAUCCCCUGGAAGGACGAGGCGCGGGUGGUGAAGUGGGCCCUGGAGAAGCUGGAGCUGAGCAAGUACGCGGACAAGCCCGCGGGCACCUACAGCGGCGGCAACAAGCGCAAGCUGUCCACGGCCAUCGCCCUCAUCGGGUACCCCGCCUUCAUCUUCCUGGACGAGCCCACCACAGGCAUGGACCCCAAGGCCCGGCGUUUCCUCUGGAACCUCAUUCUGGACCUCAUCAAGACGGGGCGCUCGGUGGUGCUCACGUCGCACAGCAUGGAGGAGUGCGAGGCGCUGUGCACGCGUCUGGCCAUCAUGGUGAACGGGCGCCUGCGCUGUCUGGGCAGCAUCCAGCACCUGAAGAACAGGUUUGGAGACGGCUACAUGAUCACCGUAAGGACCAAGAGCAGCCAGAACGUGAAGGACGUGGUGCGGUUCUUCAACCGGAACUUUCCGGAGGCGGUGCUCAAGGUGGGCGGGGCCCCAGGGGUGGGGCUCGGGGGCCUGCUGAGCGGCCUCGGGCCAGGAUCCCGCCGCUGGCUCACCACCACCCCCACCGGCCAGGUGUUCGUGAACUUUGCCAAGAAGCAGAGUGACAACCUGGAGCAGCAGGAGACUGAGCCACCCUCGGCCCUGCGGUCGCCCCUGGGCCGCCUGCUCAGCCUCUUCCGGCCACGGCCAGCCCCCACGGAGUUAAGGGCCCUGGUGGCCGAUGAGCCCGAGGACCUGGACACGGAGGACGAGGGCCUCAUCAGCUUCGAGGAGGAGCGGGCCCAGCUCUCCUUCAAUACAGACACACUCUGCUGACCACCAGGUGCUGGCUCAAGGACAUGCUGUGGGGACAGAAGUCAGGCGGUGGCCGAGGCCCCACCCCAGUGCCCACCCCACUGGGCCCCACCCCAGUGCCCGCCCACAAGGCCCUGGAACGGGAGGUCCAGGACCAAGGGCUUCCUGCCCCCUCCAGCCCCUCACCUGUCCUCAGCCCUGCCUGAGGCCACUGCGCUGCCCUCCCCUGAUUGUGCCAAAGGUCGGCCUGGCCCUGGGCUACACACACCCUCACCCUGCUCUGCCUUAAAGCCUUGGGGUCUGGCUGGCCCCUAGUCUCUGCCCCUGUCCAGCUCUGCCCGCCACCCCUCGGACCACUGGGGUGACACAGGCCACCAGGUACCAGCAGACUCUGCUCGCCAGGCCUGAUGUCCUGAAUGGGCUUUGCUCUGACCCCAGGACUGAUGGGCUGGUCUGGGGCUGAGGCCAGGACUGGGUUGGUCCCGUCCCCAGGCCCUUAUUUAUUUUGCUUUAGGAAGAGGCUUCCUCCUCUUGCUGUCCUGCACGGCAGCCCCCACCUGAGGGAAGCCGUGGGCGUGGGCCAGGGAGGGGACGACUCCGGGUGGCAGGCCGGGUGGCAGGAAUGGAGAAGCUGGCCCCACUGGCCAACAAGGGCCGGAUCCCCUCCCCAUCCCCUCCAGCUGCCACUGCUCUCCCGCCCAGCUUGGCCCCCCUGCACACCCACCCACCCGGGAGCCGGACCUGUACAUAGCGCACAGAUGUUUGUUUUAAAAUAAAUAAACAAAAAAGCCCAUGCUGG